AUGGCAACGACUGAGACAACAAUGGCCCAACAGUCCGGCGAGCUGCCGAAUACCGUCGAAUCGCAGAACCAACAGGACAGUGAGACCGGGACGAGCUCCAAACGACAAAAGUCUCGUCACAGGGCUUCAGUAGCGUGUGCAAGCUGCCGUGAGAGACGCAUUCGGUGUGUCGUGCCGCAGGGAGAAAACCACUGCCUCCAAUGCCAGCGGGCUGGAACGGAAUGUGUUAUUAAGAAUGAUGAUGAAAGAAGACGUCCCGUUUCACGAGCCUACAUGAGCACAUUGACAGAUCGUGUUGCUUUGCUGGAGUCUAUGCUGAAGGAGAGAGGAGUGGAAGCCCCUCCCGUCUCCUAUCCCCCGAAGACUACGAGAGGUACUCUCUACGCAGACGGAGAUGAAUCACCAGCAAGAGGCACAACCCAACCACCGCAGUCCUCAGGGAAGAGCGACACUCUCAACACCGAUGGUAUAAGCCCUGCCAGCGCCCCAGACGACAAUGUCGAAGAUUCACAUGGCGGCUCCAAUGCAAGCCUUGACGGCCAACAUGACCGUGGCGAGCAUGAAAACAGCAUCGGAACACCAAUUGACGAUAAGAAGGACGGGAUCGUGAAUCGGUUGCUUUCGACACGAGGUCAUCUCUCUUUUGAUCAGCUCAGUGGUCGACUACGGUUCUAUGGCGGCACCGUGAAUUGCCACAUCUACUCAGAGCUGGACGUCGACGACUCCAAGAACACCCGCGAAAGUGUCGAGCAAGCUAGAAGAUCAGAGAAGUGCAUCAGAACGCUGCCGAUUGAGACCCAUGAGUAUCUCAUGCAGCUGUUCUGGCAACACUACAACUCUGUACUGCACGUUGUACAUGAAUGUGCUUUUAAUGAAGACCGAGAGCACGGUUGCACACAGUUCUAUUCGGGAUUUCUGCACGUCUGUAUUCUGGCGAUGGCUUACCGCUUCAGCGAUAAGUCUCGACCAGACAUCCAGCGCUUGUCCUUGCCAGACCGGGAGAGCACACUUCACAGAGAAGCGAAGUACAUGCUUGACUUAGAGCUGGAAAGACCAGGCGGAAUCCCAUCCAUUGCGGCUCUCCUCAUUCUCGGCGACUCCGAGGUUGGCGUUGGCCGUGAUAAUGUCGGGUGGAUGUACGCCGGCAUGGCCAUGCGACUAUGUUACGACAUUGGGUUGCAGCUCGAUAGUCGACAGGCCGGCCUGUCCCAGCGAGAGAUGGAAAUUCGCAAAAUGACUCUCUGGGCUUGCGUAAUAUAUGAUCGAUACUGGUCGCUCUUCCUUGGUCGACCACUGACCAUGAAAAGUGUCGAUCUUGACAUCUACUCCCUCUCCGCGCAGUUCGAACGGCUAGGCACCUGCAUGCCAGCCGGACCAGGAAAGAGCAUCAACACAAGGAUCUACGAAGCUCUCAUCGAACUCAUGGAGAUUGCCGGCAAAAUCGUAGAGCAUGCCGAAUUCCGUCAAUCUCACGAGAUGAUACAAGGACCGGACCAACAAGCAUACUUCAAGAUGGCUGGACUUGAUCGAGAUCUUCAUAACUGGGUAUCUCGUCUCCCUGCUGAUCUUCGCUAUGCCGAGGAGAACCGAGUCAAUGCUCCCUACUCUUUUUACUUGCUACAUCAACAGUACCACGCAGUAUUGAUCCUCCUUCAUCGACCCUUCGCGCGAUACGACGACCCAAGCACUGGGGAAACAGACGAAGUCAGUGCACUGGAUAGCCAUUUCUCUCGAGCAAGCAGAGCCAUCUGCACGAAGUCUGCAGUCACGAUGGCUCGGAUCUUUUGGCAGCAUCGACAGAAGUUUGAUGGAAAGAAGAUUUUCUGCGUUGGUAUGCAGCACGCCGGUGCAGCGGCGACAGCUCUCAUCUCGGCUCUCGCAUACAUCCCAGAUGCGAGUGACCGCAACAACAACAUGCAGUACCUAGAAGUAUUGCACGCUGCCCUGCAAGACAUGGCACAUGCCUACCAGCCUGCCGAGAGGAUGGCUGCCGUUUUGAACGCUUGUAUGAUUGAGCUUCGAGGUGGACCGAUUAGUCCAGGCAAUACCACAAUCCCAGCCCGGCGCGACAGCACGCUUUUGGAAGGUGAAAAGCCACCCUUGAAACGGAGACAGACGAAUCGAUCCUCGAACAAGAGCGGUACUAUGCAGCCACCACGGACCACCACUCGUAGAUAUCGAUCAAGUGACGUGAGCACCGACUAUAGCAUGCAAUCACAAGUACCGCCCCUGACUUCAGGAGACUACGUGAUGGUCACACCCCAUACUGAGAUUCCAUGGCCGACGAUGCUGUCCAACGACAGCAGUCAAGGUCCGAUGCUACCCACGCCAGACACGAAUGGAAUGAGCUCACCAGAACGACGACAAGAAUGGAUCAACCAGAUUGGAACGGAUUUCCCCCAAGUGCCACCAAUGACAGGUAUACCUGGAAUCCCAGACGGAGACGUCAGCAGUUUGGAGUUCUUGCAUUUGCCUUCGGAAGAUGACUGGGCCAGAUGGCAUUCAGCAGCCGGUGGUGACGUGACGACAGAUCUUGACGGCUUUCCACCUCGAGGAAGGUUUCAGACGAGUAACUUUGCUUCUCCGCCGAUGAGUGGAAUCAUGAAUGGAUGA